GAGGGGACUUUCCUAGAAAAAAGAAACACAAAUGGAGCAGGGUCUAGGAACUGGAAGGUUAAAGAGACGACAACUUUGUUUUGCUUUGCAUGUGAUUUAUGCUUACAGAACCCUUUCUUUCUUGUCUCUUACUCAUCCUUGGAUAUUCUCCUCCCCUUAUCAUAUCCAGCAAAAUCAAAUCCUUAGUUUUAGACUUUUAGCUGUAGUACUAUAUAAACAAUGAUCCUUUAAAACCCCUCUUCAGAACUUCCCACCUCAAACUCAGUCCAUGUCUUCUACUUCAUCUUCUAUUUGGUUACUUUCUUGUAUGAAGCUUAAGUUCUUUACUAGAAUCCGAAGGUUUUUGCAAUCCAAAGCAGCAAGGAAAAUAUGCGCUUCAUCAUCAUCUGAUCAUUCAAACAAGUUAAGAAUUAAAAGCAAUACCAAUGAAGAUGAAGAUCGGGUUGCUAUAGAGAAAACUGAAAGUGAGCUCGACAGUUCGGUGGCGUUGAAAAAGUCGUUCAUGAGACUUCACUUUGGGAGCUGGGAAGAGAAAGAGAUGGCUGCUAAGGCGAUUGAAAAACUCGUUAAAGAAGACGUUAAGGCUGGGAAGUUGAUGGCAGAGCUCGGAGUUAUACAGAUGCUUGUGUCCAUGGUGGCCACAGAGGUAGCUGGCCGCUGUCUGGCCGCCAUCAAGGCCUUGAUCGAGCUUGCUGAAGGCCCUUCUACAAACAAGGUCCUAAUGCUAGAAGCUGGGAUAUUAUCAAAAUUGUCAAAGGACAUUGAUGUCGUAGACGACCAAACGAGGCAUGAAUUUGCACAACUGUUAUUAUCAUUAUCUUCGAUAUCAAAUGUCCAUUUCUCUCUAGCUAACACUGAGGUCCUCCAGUUUCUUAUUGGCAUUUUAGAGUCUGCCUCCAGCAUUGAAACUAAGGACACCUGCUUAAGUGUUGUUUGUAACCUCUCUGCUGUGUUACAAAAAGCGGGACUUUUGGUGUCUAGUGGAAUUGUGAGCACACUUUUGAAGCUAUCUUUGUUCAAAGAACUUUCAGAGAAAGCCCUUGCAGCACUAGGUCACUUGGUGCUUACCUUAAUGGGAAAAAAGGCCACGGAAGAGAGUUCGAUGGUGCCAGAGAGCUUGAUUGAGAUUCUAGCAUGGGAGGAUAAACCCAAAUGUCAAGAAUUAUCAGCCUACACUCUAAUGGUUUUAGCUCACCAAAGCACCACUCAAAGUGAUAAAAUGUCAAAGGCGGGAAUUGUUCCUGUUCUUCUCCAAGUGUCCUUAUUAGGAAGCCCUUUAGCCCAGAAGAGAGCAAUGAAAGUGUUACAAUGGUUCAAAGAUGAGAGGCAAGCAAAGAUGAGGCCUCGUUCUGGACCACAAACAGGAAGUGCUACCACUGGUUCUCCGCCACAUCCGAGGGAGGAUCAAGAAGGAAAGAAAAUGAUUAAGAAUCUGGUGAAACAAAGUCUUCAUAUGAACAUGGAAAUGAUCAACCGGCGAGCCAAUGCCGUCGGUGAUUCUUCAAAUCUCAAGUCCUUGGUCCUCUGCACAAGCUCUAAGAGCUUGCCUUACUAAAACGUUUUAUGUAGUAAUUAAUAAUUAUUGGAAAUGAUGGGAAGGUUAUUUCCCAGUUUAGAUGGAAGAAUCCAUUGCUUGUGCAGUAA